GCAUUGUCGGCUCUGCACUGUUAUUAUUAAUCAAGAAUUAUACAGACAAAAUUGAACUUGAAUGGUUAAAUAAAUAUAUGGAACUGAUGCGAAUAAAUACAUAAUAAGAUGAACAUAAACGUUCUUCUUUGUGUUGUUUCUUUACUGACGUCGUACUGUGGACUGACGUCAGCAGUGUACUUCGAAGAAGGGUACGACCACCACUACACGUAUACGUCGGAAUCUGACGUCCUCGGCAUGCACAACGUCACCACGGUGAUUAAGUUUCGUGUACGCUGCAUUAACGGUACAGGCGACAGCGGCCGACUCCACAAGCUGUACAUCGAUAGCUUCGUCCAACACUCGGAAAACGGCUAUAUGGCGGACAACCCGCUUAACUGGCAUCUUGACCACAGGCUGUUCCAAGACAGUUCCAACAAGGUUUUCAACCCAUAUAUGCGCCUUCAGCUUUCAAAUGUGAACAGGUUUGAUGUUGUUUGGGAUGUAUAUGAUCCUGAUAGUUUGAAGUCUGGUACAAUGUUACACAGAGGAAAGGAGUCAGACGAAGGGUCCUACCAGAUACAAAAGUACCAGGUAGUUGGGAUUCAUUUUUGA